CUCUCUCUUCUACUACUUCAGUUUUAACCAAAAGUGUGUGUGCGCGCGCGCAAUAAUAGUUAAACGCAAACAACUAAUGAAAGCACGAGAAUAAUGCACUCAUAUUUUUUACACACUCGGGAAUGAUUUACUAUAUUAGUACUACUCCUAUUUAAGCUAGUGUGAGAGACAUGGUAAGAGCGCCGUGCUGUGCGAAAGUUGGGUUGAAGAGAGGGAGAUGGACUGCAGAAGAAGAUGAAAAACUUGCAAAAUAUAUUGAGGAGAAUGGUGAAGGCUCAUGGAGAUCAUUGCCAAAGAAUGCAGGCUUACUUAGAUGUGGGAAGAGUUGCAGACUGAGAUGGAUCAAUUAUUUAAGGUCUGAUGUGAAGAGAGGAAAUAUAUCUGCUCAAGAAGAAGAAAUCAUCUUCAAUCUCCAUGCAUCUAAGGGCAACAGGUGGUCUGUAAUAGCCGCGCACUUGCCGGGUAGAACAGACAACGAAAUUAAAAACUAUUGGAACUCCCAUUUAAGCAGAAAAUUCCACGGUUUCCGCCGCCCCAAUCCCAACUUCAUCCCACCACCACCACCCAAGACCAACACCAUUAACCCAAGAGGCGCCCGAAAACACGUUCUCAUGCCGAAUACGCCCACCAGCGGCAGAUCCACUGCGGAGGAUUUCAGCGGCCCGGAAACCGUGGAUAAGGAAAUAUCACGGGCCGAUGAAUUUGAGCCCGGAACACAGGGUUCGGGUCCACAGAGUAACUCAUCAGAAUUCCAUGAGUCGGGCCUCGGGGGCUCCGAAAUUUAUGAAACUACAUUUUCGUGGAUAUGGGAUGAUUACAACGACAUAGAGUUGGAGGAUGCGAUGCUUUCAUGGUUGAUGUAGUUGUACUUGUACUUAACUUUAUGGAUAGUUUUUCAUUAAUUUUGAUUUUUAAAUGAUGAAAUGAAUGCCAUGGAUUUAUAAUGUAUAUAUGUUUGAUGGGUGAAUGAAGUGGUAACUUUGUGUAGAAAUGUCGCUCGAGAGUAUUGGAAAUGAUAUUUCAAAGUUCAUAUUGCAAUCUA